UCUCGUUUACCGAACUCCUCGAUAGUUUAGUUUUCGUCUUCAACCACAUCUCUCUCUUCUUCUCCGAUCUCAAAAAUCCAUGGAGGCCAUCCAACCAAACCCUAUCGAAACCCUAGAUCACCAACCUCCCUCCGAACCCCCCGCCUCCUACAACCACCACCCUCCUUCGGAAUCUCUAGUCUCCGAUUACAAGGACCCGUCUCCUCCCCCAUCUCAAACCCUAGCCUCCCAGGCCGCCGCCGCUGUCGAGAACGGAAAUUCCACCGACGCCGGCAAGGCGGUUGCUCUGCUGAUAUCGGAGAACGGACUGACCAACACGCAGAGCGGGACGACCGACCGGGAAGUCUCCGGCGGAGAGGAGGAGACCACGAGCAGGCGGCGCCGUCGCAGCCGGUGGGACCCGCAGCCUGAGUCGGAGAACCAGGGGGACGAGUCCGGUAGCGGGAAGAGGAAGAGGAAGUCGCGGUGGGCCGCCGAGGAGCCCAAGCCGGUGGUUCAGCUGCCGGAUUUCAUGGGAGGUAUAGAAUUCGAUCCUGAAAUUCAAGCUUUGAAUAGUAGGCUUCUUGAGAUUAGUCGGAUGCUCUCUUCGGGUUUGCCUUUGGAUGACAGACCCGAAGGAGCUAGGUCUCCGUCGCCGGAGCCGGUGUAUGAUAACAUGGGGAUUAGGAUUAAUACUAGAGAGUUUCGAGCGCGUGAGAGGUUGAAUAGAGAGAGGCAGGAGAUUAUUGCUCAGAUUCUUAAGAGGAACCCUAACUAUAAGCCUCCAGCGGAUUACAGGCCGCCUAAGCUUCACAAGAAGCUUUACAUUCCCAUGAAGGAGUACCCUGGUUACAAUUUUAUUGGGCUUAUUAUCGGCCCGCGGGGUAAUACUCAAAAGAGGAUGGAGAAAGAAACUGGUGCUAAAAUUGUGAUUAGGGGGAAAGGGUCUGUGAAGGAGGGUAGGUUGCAGCAGAAGAGGGAUUUGAAACCUGAUCCUUCGGAGAAUGAGGACUUGCACGUUCUGGUUGAGGCUGAUACGCAGGAUGCUCUUGAUGCUGCAGCUGGGAUGGUGGAGAAGCUCUUGCAGCCUGUGGAUGAGGUGUUGAAUGAGCAUAAGAGGCAACAGCUUAGGGAACUCGCGGCGUUGAAUGGGACUAUUAGGGAUGAGGAGUAUUGUAGGUUAUGUGGUGAGCCUGGGCAUCGUCAGUAUGCAUGUCCUUCACGAACCUCAACCUUUAAGAGUGAUGUGCUCUGUAAGAUAUGUGGUGAUGGUGGGCAUCCUACUAUCGAUUGUCCAAUGAAGGGUACAUCUGGGAAGAAAAUGGAUGAUGAGUAUCAGAAUUUUUUGGCUGAGUUAGGUGGGACAGUUCCCGAGUCAGCAACUAAGCAGACUGCUACUCUGGCUCUUGGCCCAGGGACUUCAGUAAGCAAUCCUCCGUGGUCUAACAGUGGUGGGAGUGCUAGCGGUGCAUCACAUCCAGGGUUGGGUUUUUCUGGAAUUAAGCCUACUACAAAGGAACAUGACGACACAAAUUUGUACAUUGGAUACUUGCCACCUACACUUGAGGAUGAUGGUUUGAUCGGUAUGUUUUCACAGUUCGGUGACAUUGUGAUGGCCAAAGUUAUCAAGGACCGGGUUACUGGAUUGAGUAAAGGUUAUGGAUUUGUGAAGUACGCAGAUGUUCAGAUGGCUAAUAAUGCUAUUGCAAGCAUGAAUGGCUAUCGGCUUGAGGGGCGAUCAAUUGCUGUCAGAGUUGCUGGCAAGCCUCCCCAGCCUGUUGUGCCUCCCGGACCGCCAGCUUCGGCAAUGCCGUCAUACCCUGUUUCCAGUCAGCCUGUUGGUGCCUAUCCCUCUCAGCAGUUUGCCCCAGGUGGUCCUCUUGGGAAUGCACCACCUACUAGCUAUGCGGGUACCCCGGUUCCAUGGGGACCUCCCGUUCCUCCUCCUUAUGCUCCUUAUGUCCCUCCCCCUCCUCCUAGUUCAGCAAUGUUUUAUCCUCCCAUGAGUCAACCUAUGGCUGGUUAUGGUCCACGGUACCCUGCUCCCCCUGGUGCACCACCUCAGCUGCCCUCCAGUGAAGCACAGCAGAGUUACCCUCCUCCAGGAGUUCAAUCUGAAAACCCUACCCAAUCUUUACCAACUAAUAUGUAUGGGAGCUCUUUACCGGCAAUGCCACCAAAUGGCCAACACACUUAUCCUCCAUCUUCAUAUGGUUACUCAUCUUACUACAAUGCUGUUCCACCUCCCCCUCCCUCAACUACAGACCAAUCUCAGAACAUUGGUAAUGUGCCAUGGGCCGCAAGUACUCCGGCUCCCCCUCCUGCUUCUUCUGCAGAGAAAGCAACGUAUGGUGCAGAUGCAGAGUAUGAGAAGUUCAUGGCAGAGACAAAAUGAUAUGGUCCUUUGCUAUUUCUCCACGUUGACAGGACUAACGUUUCUUGGAGCUCUUGUCAACGUGAUUUCUUACCUCUUGCCAUGACUUUGUUGGAAGUUUGGGACUCACAUCUUUAACCUUGCUGUAAUGUUAUGACCUUUGCAGAGACUUGGCUGGAAGUUCAGUGAUUGCUCUCAUGUUGGAGAAGCCAUCAAACCAUAUGAUUCAUGUUAUUUUCGCUGCUUAUGUUGGACUUAUUUUUUGUUAUUUCUGUGAUUGCUCCUAUUAUGUCUUGUUACUAAUGUCUUUUUUAAGUUUUGCUCUGAAUAUUUGGUACUGAUGUUUUAUGAUGUCAUGUUGACCAAGUGGUUUACAUCAUGAUCCGUAAACUCAGUGAUUGCCUUUUCUGAAAAUAAGAACCAUGAGAAGUUUUUUGAAGUCA